UUUUUUUAAGGCACAGACCAGAUCGUUCCAAUCUUCUCCCGUCGGCGACGGUGCCGAUCCAUCCCACGAUUCCGAUCUUCUUCUCAACUUGAGCAACCUCAAUCGACGCGUCAGUCUCUCGAUCUCAGAGUCACAAUCCCAUCCCUCCAUCGACGGUUUGUGAGUUCUCGUUGUCCAAAAGACCACAAGUCUGGCUCAGCGUCAUUCGGUCACUCCUUCUGGCAAUUUCUCUCAGCCUCGCCUCACUCUCUUCGGUCUCUUGUAUUGUGUCUGCUUAACCAUGUCUUUGAGAACUGUGACUAGAAAGUUGGGGAAUGAACUCUUGCCCAUGUUAUCUUCCACUUCCAGGCUACAUUCUCAUGCCACCAGUUUUGGAUUUAAAGAAGUAAAUGAGGAAGAAAAGGCCCGAAUGGUUGGUAAUGUCUUCACAAAUGUUGCUGCAAGCUAUGACGUCAUGAAUGAUCUAAUGAGUGCUGGAUUACAUAGAUUGUGGAAGGAUAGACUAGUUUCCAAGCUGAACCCUUUUCCUGGAAUGAAACAUCUUGAUGUGGCUGGGGGGACAGGGGACGUUGCUUUUAGAAUCUUGGAGACUAUAAACAAAGUUAAACUGAGAGGACUUCGAGAUGUUCUUGAAGAUACUUUAGAGGAGGAAACUCAAAUAUAUGUUUGUGAUAUUAAUCCUAGCAUGUUAAAUGUCGGCAAGCAAAGGGCAUUGGAGAGAGGUUUUGGAAAAGACCGCUCCCUUGUAUGGGUGGAGGGAGAUGCUGAAAACUUGAGUUUCAAAAAUGAUUCAAUGGAUGGCUACACUAUUGCUUUUGGGAUUAGAAAUGUUACACACAUAGAGAAAGCUCUUAACGAAGCUUAUAGGGUGUUAAAACGUGGAGGGAGGUUUCUCUGCCUUGAAUUGAGCCAUGUUGACAUUCCAAUAUUUAAAGAAUUGUAUGACCUUUAUUCUUUCUCAGUUAUUCCUGCCAUGGGAGAGUUGGUUGCUGGUGAUCGAGAAUCCUAUCAGUACUUAGUUGAGAGUAUUCGGCGAUUCCCCCCACAGGAUAAAUUUGCUUCAAUGAUUGUCAAUGCCGGAUUCCAGAAAGUCGAAUAUGAGAAUCUAGUUGGUGGAGUCGUUGCCAUCCAUUCGGGAUUGAAAAUCUGAUGGGGCAUGCACGUUUCUGAGAUGCACAGCGUGUAGAUCAAGUGUAUGAUCUUGCUGGCAUUCUGAAUGUUUUGAAUUGAUUAGAAUGGAUUUUGUAGUUCCUGCAGUUAGUGCUGCAAAUGCAAAUGUCUUUAUUGUAUUUGGCGGUUGCAAUUCAUUUGCAAGUACUCGAGUCUUGUAUAUGUAUUAUGGACGGCUCUAAUAAGAAUUUAAAAAUGAAAUUUGCUUUUGCACCAAUCAAUAAAAUUAUUUCAAUUUUUAUGCAGAA